GCCAUUCCAUUUCACAUCGCAGAUCCGGGUCCUACAUCAUUAUAUGUUACGAUCCAACGGUCACUAUCGCAAAUUCAAUACGAAAACACGCAAAGCACAGUAAGCCCACAAAAGACGCACUACUCGUCUCCCGGACGGGACACAUAUUCAGUUUCCAAUCGCUCGACCCAACCCCAAUACGGCAGAAGACAAGACCUCCGCACGAGAUCUAUUCUGAUGACAAAUCAAGCAUUCAUCAGUGAAAUACGUGGUUAUGAAUAGAUCCACUAACGACCUUGAUAGGUUGGCCAAUCAAGGGAACGUUCCACUAGUUUGUAGCCCGAAAAUGCAAAUACAAACGAUAGAUGAGAAAAGAACAAUUCUCUUAACGUAAAGGUACUCACAGAUCCAGAUGUAUGACAUAGCCGCCGACGUGGGUCAGUACGCAGAUUUCGUUCCGUGGGUCACGGAGUCCAAAGUUCUUCGAAAAACUAAUUCAGGUGCAAUGGUUGUCCGCUUAAGUGUGGGUUUUCCUCCGUUACACGAGUCAUAUACCUCCACUGUCACACUAGAGAAACCUGGAUCAGUCAUAUCGAUUGCUCACACCACGAAUAUUUUCGAAUACCUGAUCAAUGAGUGGCACUUUUGGCCUGGUUUGGUCAACAAUCCAAACACAUGUACAGUGGAAUUUUUCGUUAAAUUCGAAUUCAAGUCACCUAUUUACGCGAAGGUAACUGGACUCUUUUUCGACCAACUGGUGACCACGAUGGUGAAUUCAUUCCUUGAUCGUGCCAAGGUUUUACACGGACCUUCCUCCAUUGCGCCACAGAAACCAGAAGUACUACUCUACAAAAAGUAGUCCCACAGAAACGGCCUGUCGCAACAGAACCACAUGGAGGCAGUGAGCUCUUUUCACACAACGACUCCACUCCGAUGCAUCCAGUCGCAUCAAUUGCUACUUUUUAACUAUUCGGCGGGUUCGGCAGCCUCUUCUAUCAGAUCCUAUUUCUCACUACUAUGUUGCCCUGUCAUUAUCAUUUUUCUCUUCCAAAAGAUAGAUUGUUUUAACCGA